AUGGACGAUACUAAGCAGCCGCAGCAGCAGGCUGGGCAGGAUGUGACUCUGCCCAUGUCCAUCCCCAAACCGCGGGCUCAGGACUUUGCCCCAGACUUGACCAGCUCUCCCAUAUCGACAUCCCCUCACACAUCCGUCGACGAUACACUCGACCCAAACAUUACCGAUCUGACUGAUGAGAUGGGUCAGAUGUACAACAGCAAGAGCGGCCUCCGCGGCCCGCCGCCCCCUCGGCCAGAUCUGACCGAUGUGCUGAGCAUUGAGCAGUACAAGCAACUUGCAAGGCUCAUCACAAUCAUCCUAGAGGGCAUGAAUAAAUCGCUUAAGGAGCUCUGGGAAGAUAUGGGAGUGGCCAAUAAGCACAAGAGUGCAGCUGAGCCGCGCAUUACCGGCCCUACGCCAAUGCCGGCCAUGUUCGUUUCCAUUCCGAACCCUUACAGCCCAAAGUAUGCCCACCUGUACGGCAACAAGCCUCUCAUUCCCGAGAUUGAAGCACCCAAGGACGGCAAUGCUGCUACCUCAAAUGAUGAAAACAAGGAGAACAAGGCUGGGUUCAAUACUCCGGUGCCCACUAGCACAACUGCUAUCGUCGAUAAGAAAACAAAGACGAAAUGGCCCAAGCCUCAAGUCUUCCUCCCCCCUGGAAUGACUACCGAUGAUAUCAAGGCCACCAAUGCGGGAAACAAACCUAAGAGUUCCAACAGCCCAACGCCGCCUAAUCUCCCAGUUGGUAUCCACGCGGAUAUGCUUCCCCUGAAGCUGCCCAAAUCCUUCGGAGAUGCUGUUGAGAUGUACGGCACCAAGACUGAAGAGGAGAUUAUGCGUAGUCAGAUUACUGAGCUGAAGCGCGAUUCGCUCGCUCACUUCGGAAAAUUUAGAGCUAACGUUGCCAAGCGUAUGGACAGCGUCCUCAUCAGAAAGGGAGGUAGAGAGGGCAACGUCAUUCAGCCUCAGCUUUCUUUCGAGUCGCAAGCUGGCCAUGUUGGCCAAGUUUCAGGCAUCCGACGUGGCUCUGGCGGCGGAUUUCCGGGCAGUUUCAAAGGAAGGUCACAACAUGGUUAUCCGAGUGCUCCAUCACAUGUCCAAGGCAAUAACGUUUCUUCAACAUCCACUACCGAGUUCGACACCAUCAGCAUUCGUUUGUUCUCUCCUCACAGCACCCCCUUGAGCAACCAACCCAAAGAGAAGCGUGCUUGUAUCUUGCACUGCGUUGCACUGAUCUUGCUCGGUCUGGAUAACUACUGUAGCUACAGUCGUGCGCUCCUGUGCCACCUGGCAACCUCCCUGUCAAUCCCUUUGCACGUCCUUACCGAUGACGAGAACCGCAUCGGCAAGGCACUGGCCAAGAUCGUUGAUUGUAUCACCCCGGAGGAGCUCCAGGCGCGACGUCUCGAAGAGGGCAAGAAUCGUUUCCGUCGCAAUCACCUGAAGCAGCUGCAGCCGCAAGAUCCCAGUGCCUCGGUCAAUGCUUCUCUAAAUGCCCCUAAUAUCAGGCCGCCCAAUGCCGUCAACGGCGAGACCGUGGGCGGGCUGGCGGCACCUCUCGUCUCUGCAGGACUUAGUACGGUCUUUGGUGGCUUUGGCGUUGGUCCCGCUGCUGCCACCACCAUGCUCCAAGGCAUGGCAGAAAGUCCCGUCGUCGUUGGAACUCUGUUCGGCUUGUAUGGCUCGCGCGCAACUGCCAAGAUGACGGAAUCGUACGCAAAAGACAUCCAAGACUUUGGUCUGAUUCCAGUUCACGGUCAAAAAGAUCGAACCGCCAUGAAUGAUCCUUUCGAUGUUCCCGCAGAUGACCGUCGACUUCGCCUCACCAUUGGCGUGACCGGUUUCUUUGACCCAAACAUCCCUGAUGGUGACGAUUGCAAGAACCCCUGGAAGUGUCUUGGUGAUCUGAAUGAGGUGUACAGUCUUCAGUGGGAAACGGAGGCACUUCUUAAGACAGGAGCCGCUCUCGAUAAUGUACUCAAGGCUCCUGGUUGGACCGAGGCAAAACAAGACAGCACUGGAAAUAUUUCCGAGUCUAUCAAUACUCUGAAGUGGCCCGCCGCCAUGAUCCGCUGUUGUAAGAUGAUUGAUAACCCAUGGGCAGUCUCCAUGGCCCGCGCGGAAAAGUGCGGUCUGGUCCUGGCUGAUAUGAUCUUGGGAAACAUUGGCGGUCAUCGCCCCGUGACCCUCAUUGGUUAUGGUGCUGGUGCCCGUGCAAUCUGGGUUGCUCUUAUGACGCUAUCAGAAAAGCGCAGCUUUGGUCUUGUUGAGAAUGCUGUCCUGAUGGGAUGUCCCAGUCCGUCUAACACUCAGUCCUGGGCUGCGGCUCGAAGCAUCGUAACUGGUCGACUUGUCAACGUGUACAGCAAGAAGGACAUCAUGAUGGCCUUUGCCAUGCGCCUGUGCAACUUUACCGCCGGCAUCGCAGGCUUGGAGGAGAUUGUUGGCGUCAAUGGUGUCCAGAAUUACGAUGUCUCGAACAUUCUCACUGCGCACAGCCGCUACAGAUAUUUGGUUGGCCCAAUCCUUCAGAGACUCGGUUGGGAGGAUGUCCGCGCCAAGCAGGGACAAGAACAAUUCGCUGAACUUGACAAGAUGAUCAGCGAAGAGAAGAAGCGCGAUGAGCUUCGUGCCGCAUUCUCAAGGAAGAUGGCUGCUAGCUGCGUCGAGCAGGAGCAGAAGGCUGAGACAGCCUACACAAAGACUACCACCACAGUAGGAAUCAGUCUUGGCGACACUCAGCAGAACGAUGACAAGGAGAAUGUCAGACCUGUCAAUGGUCGAGACGAGACUGGCCGCACUCCCGCCGGCGGUUCAAAGAGCCGUAAGAAGCGUUCUGGCAAGGGCCGAAAGCGUGGAUAG